AUGACCUUGCGUGAGACAAUUCAUAAUUUCCGCGUUGAGCCACCGGCCGGGUGGGCGUCAAUUGCGUCUACCUUUGUUGCUGCGGUUGGAGGUCUCUUCCUUGCAUCACAGCUAUUUGGCGUCUUGCGAGCUUUCUUCAGCAUCUUCGUGCUUCCAGGGAAGCCGCUGCGCUCGUUCGGCCCCAAGGGCAGCUGGGCUCUGGUCACCGGCGCAUCUGAUGGGAUUGGAAAAGAAUACGCCCACCAGCUGGCGCGCGCUGGGUUUAAUAUCCUACUUGUUUCACGGUCAGCCGACAAGCUUGCCGCGGUAGCCGGAGAGAUCUGCGAGAAAAAUGCCUCCGUCCAAACCAAGACUAUGGCUAUGGACUUUUCCCAUAACGACGAUGACGAUUACGAGAAGCUAAAGAAAGUUAUCAAGGGAAUGGACAUUUCCAUUCUUAUCAACAACGUCGGACUCAGCCACUCCAUCCCAGUCCCAUUCGUUCUUACUGACCCGGAAGAGAUGGAGGAUAUCAUCACUAUCAACUGCCUUGGUACGCUACGGGUCACUCAGUUGGUUGCGCCAGGCAUGAUGGAGCGGAAGCGUGGGUUGAUUUUGACAAUGGGAUCCUUCGGUGGCCUUUUCCCAACUCCUCUGCUGGCUACGUACUCGGGAAGCAAGGCAUUCCUCCAACAGUGGUCAAGCUCUUUGGGUUCCGAGUUAGAACCUUACGGGAUCACUGUUCAACUCACCCAAAGUUACCUCGUCACCUCCGCCAUGUCUAAGAUCAGAAAAACCAGCAUGACUAUCCCAAAUCCAAGAGAUUUUGUCCGUGCUACCCUCGGCCAUGUUGGGCGAAGUGGGGGACUCUUCUCCUAUGCUUACACCUCCGUUCCAUACUGGAGCCACGCCCUGAUGGCCUGGAGCAUUGUCACCUCCCUUGGGCCUAUAAGUAAGACAGUCAUAGGCUUUAACAAAUCGAUGCAUGAGACUAUUCGUAAGCGAGCUCUUAAAAAGAGGGAGAGGGAAUCUGGAAAGAAGGGAUUGUGA